UGUUAGAGGAGGAGUGGAGCUCCGAGCUGUGAUGAAGGCCGCGCUCAGAGCUGCUCAGCCAGCCUCUCUUGUGUGUACAGCGACUGCUCGGCACAUUUGGAGAACUAGUCAUAAGGGAGGAAUCCAAAGGGAGGAGGGGUACGCGCGCGUGUGACAGGCGGUGGACGUCUCCAUUUCUUCCAAUGGAGCAUUGAAUCUCCCCGUUUGAAAAAAAAAGAAAAACCGUCCGUGGCCGGCUUCUCCAAACAUUGCGCGCAGCCUCGUCCGUCGCCUGCGGAUCGUCACAGCACCAUGCGAGCAGGAGAGACGCGCCCUGUGCCAUGCUGAGCGACUCUCCGACCCUCCUGCUGGCUCUGACCGCGGUGGCCGGACUUUUCCAACGAUGCCAAAGCUGGAGCGACGAAGAGCUCCUCCUGCCGCCCAUCAACUCCUCCAACAGGUUCAUGGCCAACCUGGAGGUGGACGUGCGCUUCACCAAGCGGUCCGUGGAGGAGAGCGACGCUUUGGCCGACGCCUCCUCACUGCAGAGCCUGUCCCAGUGCAACGUGAGUGUCCAGAGACUGCUGCCCACCUCGCUGGUGGCACGCUGGGACAGCAGCUUCGGCUUCCAGUGUGAUGUGCUCAUCUACACCACCAACAACCACGGUAGAGCUUUUUUCUCCGCCUCCUUCAACAGGGCGAUCUCCCCCGUCGUCAUCGAGCACCUGGGGGUCACCGGGGGGCAGCAGGAGUUGAGGCUGUGCGUGGGUUGCGGGAUGUCCCGGUACAGGAGGUUCGGCCAGGGCCGGUCAAGGGGCCAGCAGAGCGGCGAUCAGGUCACUUUCUGUUGCGUGGAUUUCAGCCUCGACGAGCUGAAGGGGGACAAAAGUUGGAGGCUGAACAGGAAGCCGAUUGAGUCGACACUUGUGGCUUGUUUCAUGACUCUGGUGAUCAUUGUGUGGAGUGUUGCUGCUCUCAUAUGGCCGGUCCCCAUCAUUGCAGGGUUUCUACCCAACGGGAUGGAACAGAGGAGGCCGAGAUAAUUACAUUAAUCCUUAUUAUAUCAGCCUGUGCUGCCUAUACUAUAACUGUAGCCAUUCAACUGUUCACCUGAAUGAACGAUUGUGGAGCUCUCGAGAACUUUUUGAUCAAAUGCUUUAGUUUUUGGGUGACCUUUAACCCUUUAUUAGACCUCCUCCUCUUUAGGACAACCAAGGUAAAGUAUAGUGGGUUAUAGCCAAUAUCAGUCUAUACUGGGACCAAUGGAAGCGUGUUUUGUAAUCUUGUAGGCCUUCCUAUAGAUUAUGUCUGCGUGAACCGUGCAAACGUUUCUCUUCAAACAGUGUUUGUAUAGUUUUUAAUCUUUCUAGGAAGUUUUUGCCUUAUCCCCUGCGUAGGACUUUUGCACUGAGAACUGAACUUUAAAGUGUGCCGUCACAUAUUUAACCUGUAGUCAUGUUUAAAGUAAUAUAUAAAAGGUUUUCUUUUCCUAUACACUCUGACUUAUAGAUGUUGUUUAUGACUGAUGGAGAGGGUUUCAAUAUUUAUAUUGUUAGAUUUAUAAUGUCCAGUACUAUAUAAGUGCUUAUUUGUAUUCAUGUUCCAACAGUUUCAUUAGAAAUAAAAUGGAUUAUUAUAGACCAUA